UAGGAGCUGGCUCCGAGUUAGCAGUUUUAAUGUCUUGUACGAUGCACGUAUAAAUAAAGGGCGACUUGGAGGGUAGAAUAACUCGCCUUUGCGGAGUUAUUUCAAUUUGAAGAACUCAUACAGUUACAAUAGAUUGAAUGGCUGUGUUCUGCGUCCUAACGCCUCUGUGAUCUUCAGCUCCUCAAUAAUUGAAGAUAAGGAGAAGACAGCAGGCAAAAGAGGCAGAACGUACAGGACAGGGAUUACAAACAAUAUACAUGUUACCAGGGGCAACCAGCAAUUUUCACUUCCAAAUCGGUGUAUCGCUGCUCUAACAGUAAGAAGAACAGGCUAGGAAAUCGGCGUCAUUCAGGAAAAAAAACACUGGACGUGAAAGUGCCGCACGGUGCGGAAGAGGGAUAUUUUACGCCGACAAGGAAUGAAAACGAUAACGGCAUAAUUCGGUGUACUCGGACUUCUUUUUGUCAUUGGGAGGUGAUGUGCGGUUCGUUGCCGGAAGUGAUGCAACGGUUUGCUGUCGUGUCCGUUGCCAAGGCAGCGGGCAGUAAUUGUUGGGACUACGGGGGCUGUGCAUCAUUUAGGUUUUAUUCUCGGUUCCAAUUAUUAGUUAAGCUGUAGCAAUGGCUACCGUAUUGCCACAGCAGGACAACAGCAACACAUACACUUUCUCGAGCCGCCCGAGAGCACUGCAGGAAAGGAAGAAAUAUCGGCAGGAGCAGCAGCAACAAUGUCCAGGAUAUUAUGGAAACAUCAUGUAUGACAGAAGGGUAGUACGAGGAAAUACAUACGCACAGCAUACCCUCCCAGCGACAGCCCAGCCUGACCCUAUUGAGAUCCAACGACAGCACGAAAUUCAGAGGAGGGCAGUUGCCAGGAGACGAGCUAAAGCACAGCAGCGAACUGGAACCCCACACCCUGUGGAAGGAAGGAUACACACUGAAGUACAAACCGAAUUGUAUCUGGAAGAACUCAGUGAUCGUAUAGAAGAAGUUGAUGUUGAUACUCAAACAGAUGCAUUUUUGGAUAAACCACAAACACCCCUUUUUAUUCCUGGAAAAACAGGCAAGGAUGUUGCUACGCAGAUUGAAGAAGGAGAACUCUUUGACUUUGACAUUGAAGUGAAACCAGUGUUGGAGGUGCUAGUGGGAAAAACUAUUGAACAAGCUCUACUAGAGGUUAUGGAGGAGGAGGAACUGGCUAACCUGCGCGCCUUGCAACGUGACUUUGAGGAGCUUCGCAAUGCCGAGCUAGCAGAAGUACAACGUAUGGAAGAGAAGGAGAGACGGCACAGAGAGGAAAAGAAACGUCGCAUGGCACAACAGCAGGGAGUGCUGAAGAAGGAGAAGGACACUUCAGAUAAGAUUGCAGCCCGUGCAUUUGCCCAAACAUAUUUAGCUGAUCUAAUUCCUACAGUUUUCAGUACUCUUCGGGAUAAUGGCUACUUCUAUGACCCUGUGGAAAGAGAUGUGGAGAAGGUAUUCUUGCCUUGGCUGAUGGAAAAGGUGAAGAAGUCGAUAGAGAAGAGAAUUUUGGGAAGGACUUUGUUGGACAUUAUACUUCGUAAUGUGGUUAAUAACAGAAACCAGGCUUUCGCAGAGAUGAAAUCUUAGAAACAGCAAUGGGGAGAUGAGAGAAGACCAUAUUUGGGUAAAGAAGGAAUGUGGAAACUUUGUAUCUUGCACUUCAUUAAGCAGUUCUGCUUUGAUUAAUAAACUAUUAAUCUGAAGAAAA